AUGGGUAUUUCGAAAAGGCUCGGACUUUUUGUAGCCUUUGUGCUUCUUUUCUGGUGUUAUGGAGUACCGUGUGAUGAGGUGGCUGUGAGAGGAGCGCCCAGCGGGGUAACCCCCCCCAACGAGGAGAAGGCGAACAAAGCGGAAAAGACGGGCAAGGCGGACAAGGCGAACAAGGCGAACAAAGGGGACAAAGGGGACAAAGCGGACAUAGCGGCGAAUUCGGGGAACGCAGGCAACACCCCGGGGAGCGAAGGCAAAGGUCAAGUCCAAGAAGCCAGUGUAAACUUAAAGGGCGGCGUCUCCAAGGAGCAAGCCGCGAAAGGGGGGACGGCCAUCUCUGUGGCCAGUGGCGCAGGUGGAGCACACGCGAAGACGACCUUUUUGCAGACCAACGAGAAGCAGCAGGAGAGCAAGGAUAGUGUCAACAGGAAGGACGGCGGAGUGGAGAAGGCUGGAGCGCUUCGCAGCGGGAGCAGAAGCGGCGAGGCGAAAGACGUUCCGAAAGACGUGCCAAAGGAAGAUGCCCCAGGCAAAAGUACCAACGAGGAGUUCUACGACCAAAUGAAGAAACAGCAUGAAGAAGAAAAAAGUGCAGACAUGAAUUUUCUGAAGAUACUCUCCAUUGGAUCAUCCGUCUUUAUGCAGUUAGUAUUAUUCCCUUCGAUCUUUAAAAUAAUAAAGAAGAAAACGACCGGAGAGGUGGAUGGUUUACCCUACGUCGUGUUGUUGUUUUCAUCGUUCCUGUGGUUGGUGUAUGGGAUGCUGCUGAAUAACUCCGCCAUCGUCUGUCCCAACUUAGUAGGUCUCGUGUUGGGAGCAUUCUACUCCCUCAUGUAUCAUAAGUAUUGCAAGAACAUGUGGCUAAGACAGAAGUUAUUUUCCUAUUACAAGAUCUGUGGGUUCAUAUGUUUUCUGCUUUACGCGUUUUUAUACGUCUUAACAUAUGAGCAGUAUGAACUGUUUGUUGGAUUCAUGGCAUUCAUUUCGAGCAUAAUCAACUUUGGUGCUCCUUUGUCGUACGUACAGAUAGUGAUUAAAAAGAAGAACUCUUCACUGAUCCCGUUGGAAAUAGCCACAGGGAGUCUGGUGUGCUCCUUUUUGUGGGUAACCUACGGGUUCACCAUCAAGGAUGGCUUUGUCAUCGUGCCAAACCUCUGUGGAUUUAUCUUAAGUCUGUUGCAGAUAGCCUUAAUUUUAUUAUAUUCUAACAAGGAGGCCAUUGUUAAUUACGACGAUGGAGACAUAGUCGAUUUUGUGAGUGACGGUGGAGGAAUUCGUGUCAAUAGGAACAACCGCUACUCUCCUACAGAGAAUCAUAUUUUUUUGAACGAGUUUAAUUUGGACGAAGGUAGCAAAAUGGGGAGUGCCGAAGUGUUUACGCGUGAGACAAAUUAUGGAAAUAACGGAAGCAACAGUAAUGUCAAGAGUGGGAAGAAUGUGAAUGGUUCCUUUUUGGACUUGUCAUAUGACGAGACUUCUCCCCUUACGGGUGCCAAUUUUGGUAGCGCCUUCGCCAACGGGGGUCCGCCUCGCCAGGGGUACCUCAGUCGCUCCGGCACCGCGCAGCAGGACUCUCCCCUCACCUUCUGA